AUGUUAAGAGGAGGAGGUGCUUGCGCAAAUUCACGUCAACAACAGUCAUUACAAAUGAGUACAUUACUCAUCUCUAAUCAAUUUGAGACCAUACUAUCAAAUAAUAUUUAGUAUAUCACAAAAAACGCUGAGGAUACACAGAAUAAUUAUAAAGAAUUGCUAUCCAGUCUUUAAGCUUUAUUAUCUCUUGAUUAUGAAUUAAACAAUCUGAUUAAGUCAUAAAAUUAGCUUAAUAAAUAAAUUGCAAAUCUAGAGAAAAGUCUUUCAGCUAUUUUAGAAUCGUGCCUUUUACUUAAAAAUAAUCAACUUCGAUAUUAUGCUGUAAAAUUUGCAGAAAAACUUACUAGAACUAUUUUUUGGCAUUAUUGUCAAGCUAAAUCAAUCAAAGAUGGUAUGCAAUAAGGCUAUGUUAAUAUCUUAAAUAAAAUUGAAGCAUUAAAUAAUUCCGAAGAAGGAUUUUAUAAAAGUUUGACAGAAUAUGAAAUAACAAUAUCUAAAAUGAUUUUUACAAUAUUGCCUAAUGAUUUUCAAGAGGGGCUGGAAGUAAUCGCCCUUUUUGCUGGUCUAAAUUAAGUUUUAAUGAAUGCUCUGCCAAAAACUAUGAGAGAAACAAUAAAAGGUGGAAUUGUCUAAUCAAUUAGAGAUGCUACUAAAGUUUAAUAUCGUAAAAUAUACAAAUAAAUCUUUAAUAUUGAUAUAAUGAAAUGGUGGGUACUUACUGAACUCAAAUCAACUACACAUACAAUAAAAGAAAUUAUUUAUGAAUUACAAGAAUUUCACAAAGUUCUGUCUAAAUCUGAUUAUUAUGUUUAAUAAGCUUGGAUUAUUGCUAUUAGUGAAAUAGUUUCUUAUACACCUUCACUCUCAGAAGAUUAAUUAGCAAUGGAAUAAUCAGACAUAUAAACGCUUGUUGAUAUUUCUUGUUUAAAUAAAAUCAAAGAAGAAUAUAAAGUUAGUAUUAAUAUUCCAAAACUUAAAUGCACUUAAUGUCAGGGACUCUACGAAAAAUUACCUACAUUAACUUUACUCUAAUAAAUUUAAGAAUAAAUAAUUUCUAGAGAUAAAUUCUUUAACAUCCUAUAUGACAGCAAAGAAGAAAUAAAAGAAUAAUAGAAGUAAGAAACAACAGCUAAAACCAUUUUUGAAUAUAUAUUUUCCUUAUUUGUUGAUUGUGAUAUUGAAAUUAACAUUGAUUUGAUACGAAAAGUCAAUUAACAAUAUACUGAAUUAAAUGAGAACUUACAACUUGUUAAGUAGAUAAGCUUAAAUAAAUGGAUUAGAAUGUUAGAAUCUAAAUAAUAUACAGAUCCAGUUGUUUUUGGUGAAUUUGAAUAAAAAUAAAAAUAAAUAAAGCAUUUGAUUAAUAAAGUAAAAGAGAUUUAAAAAUUUUUUAUAUAAUUAAAUUUCAUUUUCACCUAAUGGAAUUUUUUAGAAUAAAUUACUGAAUCUGAUACAAAAUUAUCAACUUAAUUGGGAUUUAUCUAAGAAAAUAAACAAAAUUAAAAAGAUUGUGAAUUCAUAAUGGAACUUAAUUAAUAAAAUUUGAAAGAAUUACUUUUAUUAAAUAUAAGGUUUGAUGUUUAUUUUGUCAUAUUAACUGAAUUUAUUGAACGAUAAUAUACAGCUGUUUUCCAAAUAGUCUAAGCUACUUAGUCAACAGAUCCUGUAUUAUCACUCUAUAAACAAUAUAAAGAUGUUUAAGACAUCGUCCAAACAAGUUUUCGUAAAGUAAAUGAGAAAAUUUUACAAUUUAAAGAAAUAUUUUUAGCCAUUUCUGAAAAACUGAAAUAAAUUGAAUACAAUUGUAUACUAAAGUUUUAUCAUGUUUCUUUAAAAUUAUAACAUCAAGAUUUACCAAAUCAGAUUUUUGAGUUUAGAAACUCAGAUCAUUAAACUCUUAUCUUUAUCUAAAAUUAUGAAAAAGAAAUUUUAAAGAUUUAAUUAAUUAAUUUACACCAAACAUUUAAAGAUUGUGUUUCUAAUAGCUAAUUUUAAGAUUAUGAAGAAGCUAAAAUCUAUUUAUAAACAAUAUUAUAAAUAUGUAAAUCUAUGGAAAGUUUAUUACAUUAAAACAAAAAACUAUUCUAACAUAUUAAUAAUUUUAAAUUAUCAAUUCAGAUAGAAUCAAGUCAUGAUAAAUUCAAUGAUUUAUUAAAUUUGUGGAAUUUGAUUUUAUAAACGACUACAGAACUUGAUUAAUAAUAAUUUGAUUAGACUGUUUUUCUUGUUAAAUAUGAUUAAUUGUAUUUGAAAUAUGACUAAAUAUUAAAAUUAAAUCAAUAAAUAAGAUGGCCAUUUAAUUAAUAUUUGGGUCAAUACUUUAAAAUGCUAACACAAUUAGAAACUAUUUUCUAAGAAUUAAAAACAUUUAAGACAUUUGAUGCCACUGCUGAUCCGAAUACAUAAAAUAGAUAUGAUAGUUUGAGAUAAAACCUUAAAUAAAUAAGUUAAAGUUAAAUUUAAAGAAUUAAAUCAACACUUGAAUAGUAUACUUUAGGAGUUGAUCAAUUAUAAAAUAAACUUGAGAAUCAAACUCAUUUACCUAUUGAAGAUUUAUUAACUUAAUUAAUUAAUAUGUAGGAAGCUUUAGAUGAUACGUUAAAUUUAAUUUAAACUAGAAUCACUCAACCUUCAGCCUAAUAAAAUGUAGGAGCUCUUAAUUUAAUUUAGAGCCAUAGAUUAGCAGAUUUCGACAAUCUAUAUAAUUAUAGGAUUGAUGAUGAUACUAUUGUAAUUGCAUCUUAUAUUAAAUUUAAUUUUAACUUUAUCGAAUAGAAUGCUAUUAUGGAAUCAUUAAAAUUAAAUUUAAGUGAUGAUCAAAAUUAACAUGUUGUAUAAUCAGGAAUAAAUUCUGCACAUAUAAGGAUUUUAAUGUUUAUUAAUUUAAUAAAUAUUUGGAAUUGUUGUUUUGGAUAAGAAGAAUAUGAUAUAAUAAGUAAGCUAAUUGUAUAAUUACGAUUGAAUGAAUCUAAUUAAAUUAUAAAAAAGGAAAUUAAGACAACUUACAAAAAAGAAUUUUUAUUCAUUUUAGAAAAUAUAUUAUCAUAUCUGUUACCAAAUAUUGAAGAGGAUUUAAAAUCAAAAAUAUAAGAAAGAAAUUAAUUAUCAUUUUAAAUUAAAUAUGAACCAUCUUUUGAAAAAACAUAAUUCUUAAAUGAAAAACUUAAUAAUCACACUAAUUAAAUUUCAACUAUAUUUUAAAAUUUGUAAGAAUUAGAAUCAGAAUACAAUUAUUAAAUUCCCUUUUAUCAUUAAUUAAUGAAUGAAUUUAAGAAAGCAGAUUAAAGUACUUCUACUUUAGAUGUUUCUGAAAUUAAAUUUUAUUAAGGAAAAUAAUUGACUGAAUUGUUUCUUUUACGUAUGGAUCAUGUUUCAAGAAUGAUUAAGAUUUAAUAAGUGAAGAGUACUUAUGUUGAAUUAGAAUGUUAAUAGAAAAAUGAAAUUAAAAUAUUAUUUUCUAAAAAGCAAAAUAAGAAUGCCAUUAUUGAUAAAUUCCUAGAGGAUUAAUAAUAAAAUUAAUUGUUAGUUUUAUAAGGAGAAGCUGGUUCUGGAAAAAGUUUAGCUAUUAAAAUGAUUGAAGAAUUUGUUUGGAAAAGAAAUGAUGCAAUUAAGAUUAUACCUAUCAUAGUUAAAUUAUCAGAAUUGAAAGAUCCUAUACAUAAUGCCAUUACAGAGACUUUAAGAUCUUUAAAUUAUAAGUUUGAUGUAUAAUAAAUUGAAUAAUUAUAAAAAGAUGUAAGUUAAAACAAAAUGCAAAUGUUGUUUAUUUUUGAAGAAUAUGAUAAACUUAGUUAAGAUUAAAUAGAAAUUAAUUUAUUCAAAUCAAAUAAUCUAAACUAAUGGAAGACUCCAUCUUUACAAAAAUCUCCUAAAUAUAUUAUCGCCACAAGAAGUGAAUUAUUUAAAUAUUCAAAUCAUCUUAGAUGGAUAGAUAAUAAUGAAGUUGAUUACAAUUUUUAAAACUAUUGGAAUGUGAAAAUAUUGCCAUUUAGAAUGGAGUUAAAAAAUUAAUUUCUUACCAAUUUUUAAGAAUUAAUUAUAAGAAAUACAGUAAUAGAUUAUUAUUAGAUAUUAUGUGAAUUUGAACACCAAGAUUUAUUAAUACAAAAUUUUAUAUAGUUAUGGAAAAAAAUUGAUAUCAAUCUUAACGAAUUAAGUAUGGAAAAUUCUCUUGUAUCAUAACCAACUAUAGCUAAAAUUUUAAGUGCUUUGAAACAAGAACCUAAAAUAAAAAACACAAAUGAUAUCAUUUUUCAAAAUUUAUAAAAGUCCUUAGAGCAAAUAAAAUCACAUUAUUAUUAUACAAGAAUGUUGGAAUAAUUAAAUUUCCAACAAUAAAUUGAUAAUCCAUCUAUUUUGAAUGUUUUUGUUUCAGCAUUACCUAAGUAUAUAUAAAAUAUGUCAGAUUCAGAAAGAAUCAAAAAAGAAUAUUUUGAUAUUUAUUUAAAUGAUACUUAUGCUAUUAAUUGUAAUAUCUAGCAAUGUAAUUCUCUAAUAGAAAAAGAUUGGAAUAAAUUAGAAGGUAGCCAAUUCUUUAAACUUUAUAAAGCCGAUGAACCUAUUGCUAAAACUUAAAUAUUUUUAGCAUAAUAAUUCGGUGAUGAUUAAUAAUUUUAAAAUAAAGUCAUUAAGAUUUUUGAGAAAAUGAGUAUUACUCAUUAUGAUUUAUAUGAACAAUAUUUAACUAAUUUCUUUGAUACUGCAUUAAUUCAUCUUUAGAUUAGUCAAUAGACUAUAGAUUUAUAAGCAUUUUAAUAAGAAUAAUGGAAUUUCUGUAUGAAUCUAGCUUAAAAAUUAUCAUAACAUGAAAUUUUUACAAUUCAUUUUAACAUUUAAGGUUCUUUAAUAAAAGUAGGAGGAUCUGUUACUGAAUGGGAAGAGUAUCUUAAUGAUGAUGAAUAUCAAUCUAACAAUAAUAAAUUUUCAAAAAAAUUAAUAAGAAAUUCUAUCCCUUUAAGAGAAUAAUUUUCAAUUUAUUCAUUUGAAAAUAAAAUUAUUUAAGAAUUUUUAGUUGCCAAAGCUAUUAUCACAUAAUUAGAAGCUUUAAAAACCUCAUAAAUUGAUGAAAUUAUGUCUAAUAGUAUUCUAAUGUUUAAAAAUAUUUCAAGUCCUUUCUUUUAAGGAACAAUUAACUUUUUGGUUCAAAAAUGUAAAAGAAAGUUUAGUCUUAAAUAAUAAUUAAUUAAAAUCAUCAGAUAAUCAUCCUUAGGUUAAUAAUAUUGCACUUUAGCAUCUAAUGCUUUUUAUUUAUUGUAAAGUAUAGAUGGAGUAUUUAAAGAUUUAGAUUUAAAAGGAAUUCGAUUAAAAGAUAUUUCUAUUGAUUAAUGUCAUUUUUAUAAUUGUAAUCUUUAAUCAUCAGAGUGGAAUAAUAUUUCAGUCAAUUCUCUAAUAUUAAUGAAAAACGACAUGAAAGAUAUGAAAUGUUAAAAUCUUAAAUUGAGCACUUUUUCAUUCAAAAAUACUGCAUCAAAUCCUAAGUUUAUCAAAUAAUUUUAAUCUGGAAAGAGUUUUAUUGUUUGUGAAAAUAGCAUUCAGAAUAUAAAAGGAGAAAUAAUUAUUAAUGGGAAAUUUUAUAAUUGUUCUAUCAAAGAAAUCAGAAACUAGUUUUAUCUCAAAACUAAUUAAUAAGUUUAUGUAUUAAAAGAAUAAGAUGGUAAAAUAAUAGCUGAAAUAUUAAAUAUUCCAAAUGUUCAUUCAAUUACAGAAUUUGAUUAAUUUAUAAUGAUUUUUUAAUUAAACAACGAUUUAGAUGGAGUAAUAUAUGAAAUAAAUAGUAAAACAAAUGAAAUAAAAUAUUAACUACCAAUUAAUCAAAAUUUUAUUACACAUUACAACAUUAGAAAAUUCUAUUAAAUGUAUGGAAAUAAGAUUCUAUUUUUAACAAAUACAUAAUAAGUUUCAAGUAUGCAUUAUUAAAUAGAAAAUGAUUAAUUAUAAUUUGAUAAUUUGACCAAUCAUGUAUCAGUUAAUGUAAAUGAUUAAAUAGUUGCUAUUAAUUAUUAUAACGAUUUAGAUAUCACUGUUGUAUCAUUUAGAGAACAAGAUUCUAUUUAGAUUUAUGAUAUUAUAUAUGGAACAAUAAAUUAAUUAAUUGGCAGAUUUAUUUUACUUGAAAAUUAAAAGAAUUAAUUCUUUUUUUUGAAAAAUAAUAAAUUAUAAUUAAUAAAUCAAGAAGCCUUUAAAAUGAUAAAUGAAUGCCAAAUUAACAAUGUAAAAUUAGAUUUAUUAUAAAAUUAUUGUAUAAAGAACAAUGAUACAGUUUUAUUUUCUUUUAUUGAUUCGAUCGUUAUUUUAAGUCUUCAUCCAUUUGAAGUUAUUAAAUUUGUAUAAGUAAAUGCAAUUGAUUUUUUGAUAAAUAAUUAAAUUAGUUAAUUACAAAUAUUGACAUAGAUAGAAAUUAUUAAUUAUGAUCUUAAAUAUUUGGAGGAUAGAUAAAAUUAAAUAAAAAAGUUAAAUUAUUUGUUUGAAGAAGUAGUAUUUGCAUAAACUUCUCCAAAUUUUUUAGGCAGAAUUAAAAAUACAAAUGAAAUUGUAUUAGCAACAUUUAAAAAAAAUAAUUUUGAAUUUAAAGUAUUAACAAAGUCAAAGAAUCCUAGAUUUUAUUUGAGUAAUGAAUAAAAUUCAGCUAUAAUAUGUGAUGGUGAUUGUACAGUUUAUUUUGAUUUGAAAAAUAACACAUAAACUAAAAUAGUGAAUUUAUAAUAUGAAAAGAUUCUGUGGAUUAAGGAUAAUUAAAAUUUAUUUUACAUAUAAUCUGGAUUUGUUGAAGAGUAUCGAAAUUCUGUGAUAACUAUAAAAAAUAAAAUAAUAAGUAAAUAAUCAUACAGAUAAAUUAAGCAGGUUUAGAGUACAGAGAAUAAUUUAUACAUAACAACAACAACAAAUGAUACGAUAGUAAUAAAUGAAGAAUUUGUAUAAGAGUAUAUUACAACUAAAUAAAUGAUUAAAAAAUAUAGAGAACACUAUAUAACUGAAAAUGAUUUAAGAUAUGAGAGCACGAAAAGAAAUACGAUUACAAUAAAUUAUUAGACAAAUAAUCAAAUCAAAGAUUUUUGGAUAUUUUCAGAAACGAUUUUAAUUAAAGAAUAAAUAGAAAAUAAUGAUUAGGCAUUAUUAGUCUUACUAAGAAAAUAAAAUUAUGAAAUAAUGGCUGAAAUUUUAGUGUAGAUAGAUUUUAUAGCUUAUACUAAUGAUUCUAUAUAAAUAAUAUCGAAUAGAUUAAUUUGGCUGACAUAUUCUGCAUUUAAUUUAGAAAUAUUGUAAACUACAAUUUUAAAUGUAAAUACGAUGUUUGUUGUUUCAAAUCAUUUUGAUUAAUUGAUGAUAAUAUCAUAAUAUUCUGAAAUAUCAAUUUGGAAUACAAUAAAUUUUUAGCUUGAAUUUUAAAAGAAAAAUGUAGAACUAAUUUAAUAUGUAAAAAUGGUACCGGGGAAUUAGAAUGAAUAUUAUAUUGCUGAUAGAGAUGUUCUAAAAUUAUAUAUAGAACAUUAAAUUCGAUUUUCGAUUCAAUUAAGUAAGAAAAGAAUAAAUUUGAUUACAAAUAAAUAUGGAGUUCAUCAUCAUAUUUUUUAAGUGGAAGAUGAUAAAGUUAUAUUUAAUUGUAUGAGUGAAGAUAAUAAAGUUAUAAAUUGGAAGAAAGUAGUUUUUGAAUUAGAUUCAAUAAGAGAAUAAAUAGAUUGUUAUGAUAAUAAAGAUAGUAGAUUGGUAUUUUAUGGUGGAUCUAAAAUAUAAUAAGUUUAACUGGAUGCUUUUGAUGAUAUAAAAGUUCUUGAUAUGCCAUCUAAUUUUAAAGGAGUUCAGAUUAAAUAUAAUAGGGAUUGUUCAACUAUAUAUUUUAGAUCAAAUGAAAAGAUAUUCGUUAUAGAAGCAAUGACUAUGAAUAUAAUAAAAUAAGUUAUUCUUAAAGAUAUAUUGCCUUAACCAUAUGAUUUCGGUUAAAAAUUAGAAAUUUAUUGUUAAAAUUAGAAUAAUAUAAUAAUUUAGUAAGAGAAAAAUGGUUAUCAUUAUGUUUACAAUUAUAAUUAAUAAUUAAAUCAUGAUUAAUUGGAUUUAAUAACUAUUGGAAACUACUAUCACUUUAUUGGACCUAAUCCAAAUGGAUUAUUGAUAUUAAACAGUUAAUCAGGAAUUAUUGAAUUAUUUUAGCCUAAAAUUAUUGAUCCAUAAAAUAAUUCAGUAUCUUAUAAAAGAUAAUCAUAACUUAAUAAAUCAAAUAUAGUAUAAUGUGUUAUUUGUGAUAAUUAAUUGGAGAAUUGUUAAAUAAUUUCAACUAAUGGAUAGAAUCUAAGUGAUCUAUGGAGGUAAGGGGAAUAAGUUGAUUUAUUGAUAUCAUUUUGAG